AUGGACCUCGAUAAUCCAUCCACGCGCGAUCCACGUCUUGCCAGUCGACUAACGAGAUAUAAUAUACCCCGGUCGAUAAAAAAACCGACCCUAGAAAGACAGAACUCCAUCUCGCUUGGGUCACCCAGCACACCCAAACCCACCGUUUUACCGCCGUCGAGCGAACCUCCCAAGCCGGUCGAGAAGCAGGAUAACCCUCGUGAUGGAUCGUUUAUCCAGUUAAUCUCUGGGCUGGUGCAAGCUGCUGUUGCUACAGCCGUGAGCAGGUCAGAGAAGGAAAGAUUGCAGAAGAAGAAGGAGAUGACGGAAGGUCUAUUGAAAAAGGCAAAGGCUCAUACGAACUUUCCUUCGACAGUGGCUUUCUUUCAGCAGGCCAGUAAUGACGAGAAUGUCGACUUGACUCGGAUAGAUGAUAUUAUAAAGGAGCACUUGUCGAAUUGCAGCCAAAUAGAGAGAGAUCUGGUGACUAAAUGGAGACUUUUAUCGCCAAGCAGCUCCGGCACGUCGAAUGACAUGAUAAAGGAUCUGCAAAGGGAACUCCAAACAGUCAAGGAAGAGGCCGCCAAUACAAAAACUGAACUUGCUAGGCUCGUUGAUAGCAGUCCGGCACGAACUGGGCCCAUCGAAAUCCUCCAGGAUAGGGUUAUUCUUUUGGAAAAAGCUUUGGAAAGUCAAAGCACACUUCUAUCCGAACAGUCUAAGACUGCCAAGGCUAAUGAUGAGCUCUUAACGUCGUUGAGCUCGGAAAUGAAGAAGGGGGCAACACCAUCGCUAACACAAGAAGCGCCGUCCACGCAAUACACGAAGGACAUUGGAGAUCUCAGGGAGAAGUACAAGGAGUCGGAGGCGACAAUGAGGGCACUUGUGGAGUGCCAAGAAGCGCUUUCAAAGUCGAUCGGUCAAAUCAACGAGGAUAUCGAAGAACAUAGGAGGAAAUUGAACGAUAUUAAUGUUGGUCCUAUAAGUGAAAUGAAGACGAGAAUGGAUACCUUCUCCAGCCAUCUGAGCUCACUGGCGGACAAGGCAGUAGCAGAAUGUCCGGCUGUUCAGCCUGCAAACGGAAAUGUUGAAUCUACGGGUGCCAUUAGGAACAUGGAACAGAAGUUGCAAAAGCUCGAAGGAAAUCAGGCUGUGCCUCGAAUCAACAAGGUCCAAGUGGACCAGAGCAUGCAGGCACUGAAUAGACGGAUGGACGAGCUGGCGCAUCUACAGUCCAUGAAAGACGAUCUACAGUUCUCUGAAAUGGAAGACAUCAAGAAAACAUUGAUGCAACAGAGCGAGGAUUUCAAGGGAUUGAAGGAUGGCUACGGUCAAGUGUCAGCGAAGAUUAAGGCUAUUGCGCAAAGCAAUCCUGCGGCAGCCCUGCGGCAAAUUCAAGACCUUUCUGGGUCGCUAUCAGUCACACAGCGUGUGCUGGAGAGCGUCAAAGUUGGGUUACAUUCUUUGGAAACGCGGUAUAAUAAUAUCUCAACCGAGCCUAUUGUCAAGAACAUGGUGGUCGCGAUGCAAGAAAUGUACCCAUCGGCAUCCCAGUUGACGGAGCAGGUGACAGCCCUCAGAAACCACCUUGAUAAAGAUAUCCUGCCGCUCAGAGCGAAGGUGGAGCAACUUUUCAAGUCGCAUACUUCACAAGUCGCACAACUGCAGAAGGACACAGCCGUGCAAUUGGAGGAAAGGAACCGGUUGAAAACUGAACAUGCUCGUAUAGAGCAGUCGAUUGCUGAUCUAUCGGAGAGGAUCAAGACCCAGACCUCGGUAUCGCCACAGCAACAAUUCAAUCAGCUGCAGUCGAAGAUCGAUUCUCUCUCGAAAAGAAUGAACGAACAUACAUCGAACAUCAGCGAGCAAUUGAAGUCGAAACAGUCGUCGGACGAAUCCCUUGUACAGAGCCUGAAUCAUGAACGCGAGCAUUUCGACAAAGAGUUCCAGCGGGUGUCCGGCGAACUCGAGGGCAUGUUGAGCAAGCUUUCUCAAUUACAAUCCGCAAACACAACCAACAUGGAAACAACCAAAUCCCACGCCGGGGACAUUGGGUCCUUGCUUGAUCGCAUGCGUCACUUGGAGGAAUCUGUGUCAAACAAUCAUAAACAACUGCUCGAACGAUUCGAUAAUAUAAAGAAAGCCGUGAAGAGCCAGGAAGGUAUUCCGAUGGAUGGACAAGCCGCUGAAGGACCACAAUCACCACAACAAAAGGUUGAGGGCGAUGAAGAGCCCGAACCCGAGGUCCCUGAGGAGCCCACGGAGAGCCCGGUCAAUGGAGACAGCAGCACGAUUAGCCAAAUAGCUGAAACCAACCCUACGCACGCUCUACGAGAGAAGAAGGGGAAGAAGAAGCGCCCACGUCUUUCAACGAACCGUUCGGACGACGAAAGGCCGGAAUCGAAUUCGGGGUCCAAUUCACCACGAAUGCUUACAUCCGGACAGGAGGGGACCCCGUCUGACGGGAAAAAGAAGACCAAGAAAAAAAAGAGAAAGCUCAUCCGGGAUACGGAACCGAUCACCCUGGACUAA